AUGGCUCCCUCCUCGUCAGACGACUUGCGCAAUAUGCAGCACGGCAGCGUCGCCUCCAAGGCCGUCUCCAAGCUGUCGGACGACACCUCCAGCAACGAGCGCCAUGAAGUCCUGAACGAGAAGCCGGGCGAGGCCAAGGCCUACCGCGAGAAGCAGGCCAUCAAUGACCGCGUUCCCACCAUCACCGAGGAUGAUCCUGAGGUCUACGCCCAUCUGGGCUUCUGCUACCCUACUUGGUACAAGUGGUACAUUCUCACCGUCAUCUUCGUCAUCCAGUCUUCCAUGAACUUCAACGCCAGCAUCUACGCCAACGGCACCGGCGGCCUCGAGGAGGAAUUCGGCAUCAGCGCUCAGGCCGCCCGCACCGGCCAGCUGAUCUUCCUUGUUGCUUACGCCUUCGGCUGCGAGCUUUGGGCUCCUUGGUCCGAGGAGUACGGGCGCAGGCCGAUCCUCCAGUGGUCUCUCGGCCUCGUCAACCUCUGGUCCAUUCCUUGCGCUGUCGCUCCCAACUUUGGCACCAUCCUCGUCUGCCGCUUCCUGGGCGGUCUUUCGUCCGCCGGUGGUUCCGUCACGCUGGGCAUGGUUGCCGACAUGUGGCAGCCUGAUGACCAACACUUCGCUGUCGCCUACGUCGUCUUCUCUUCCGUCGGCGGCUCCGUCAUCGGUCCCAUCGUCGGAGGUUUUGCUCAGACGUACCUUAGCUGGCACUGGGUGUUCUGGCUGCAGCUGAUCUUCGGCGGCGCCACUCAGCUUCUCCAUUUCUUCACUGUCAAGGAGACUAGGGCCACUGUGCUCAUGAACCGCUACGCCGCGAAGCUUCGCAAGGACGGCAAUGCCAACGCCUACACUGCCGAUGAGCUUGAGAAGCUCCGCGUCAAGGAGUCUGGAAUCUGGAACAUCGAUGGUCUGCCUCUGAAGGAGAUUGUCACCAUCUGGAUCCGUCCUUUCAAGAUGUUCUUGACUGAACCCAUUGUGCUCUUCUUGUCUCUGCUCUCCGGUUUCAGUGACGCUCUCAUCUUCACUUUCCUCGAGUCUUAUUCACCGGUGUUCAAACAGUGGGGCUUCAGCACCAUCGCCAUUGGUCUUGCCUUCAUCCCUCUUCUCGUCGGCUACUUCAUCGCCUGGUUCUCUUUCUUCCCCUGGUUCAUCAAACAAAGAAAGAUGAUCAAGAACGGCACCGACUAUCCUGAAUACCGCCUGAAGUGGCUUCUCUUCACCGCUCCUCUCGAGACUAUUGGACUUUUUGGCUUCGCUUGGAGCAGCAUGGGGCCGGACUACAACCACUGGAUUGUGCCCUUGAUAUUUUCCGCCUUUGUCGGUGUCGCAAACUAUGCCAUUUACAUGGCCACCAUCGACUACAUGGUUGCCGCAUACGGUCCCUACGCUGCUUCGGCUACAGGUGGAAACGGCUUCGCUCGUGACUUCCUUGCCGGUAUCGCCGCUCUCUACGCCACGCCUCUGUACACCAAUAUUGGCAAAGCCCCCAAAAGCCUCGCUUACGCCUCGACUAUCCUCGCUUGUCUUGCCAUAUGCGUCACGAUUCCCAUCUAUGUCUUCUACUGGAAGGGCCCUGCGAUUCGUGCCCGCUCCAAGUUCGCCCAGGAGAUUGGUGCCGACAGAGAGCAGCACCAGGGUAAGAGGCGCGCAUCACACACUCCAAAGCCGGAGCAUGUGUAA